AUGCGCUUCCGCUGUGCCCUAAGCCGGGCCGAAAUCCUACACAGUCUCAACACAUCUAUACCUUUUACUGUAUUCCCUUCCUCGGCGACCCGUCACUUUACAACGGCACCGUUGGAAAAGUGCAGUGUUAGUAACACAAGCGCUUCCGAUGAGAUGGGGACUGUAUCUUCCACUGGCUGGAGUGCUCAGUUUGAGCGCCGACACAGUCCAGCAAUAGAUAGCAACCGCCUAGACGAAAGCCGAUUUUUGGACAAGGGUCGACAAGUGAGCACGUGUUUCCAAGCACCGGGUUUUUUGCUGCGAGGUUCGAAUGGAGCAAGUUCCACAACGACCUGUGCGCCUUCAACUUCAACCGCUGAGCCAGGUCGUCCGUCAGAAAUCGCUCUGAAUCUGUCAACAAAAACCGCCUCGGAUCGAAACCCCAAUAGCACGUCCGACAGACUGCCCCCAUCGACUACCACCCAGCCGAUUCAGAUCUUCAACCAUAUCCACCCGCCAGCGAUUCCGUUCACCUUUGAGCAUUCGGCGUUUCAAUGUUACUGUCCUUUCUACACUAAGUUUCACGACCCUAGCCGUUUCUGUUGUGCCAACAUACCCCCGACUAACCCGAGUACAACGACCAGAAAUUCUCACGAAAACGUCUAUUUUUCCCAUCCGUGCUCGAUGCCUUUCCCUCUUGUGCAAGUUAGGAACUUACCCGGCGCUAACGCUGUAGUACCCGAACCGCAACAACCCAGCGUCGACGAAAACCUUCGUAUGCGCGAACUGCCGUUAAAAUUUCCACUACCAUCGGACAAAGCUGGCGAACCGCUCGAUCUUCUCCCACGUUCGCUCUACACAAGCAAAUCGCGCAAGGGACAUUUAUGCAUAUACUGCGGAAAACUGUACUCCAGGAAGUACGGACUUAAAAUCCACCUGCGCACACACACCGGGUACAAACCCCUGAAAUGCAAGGUAUGUCUGCGUCCUUUUGGUGACCCUAGCAAUUUGAACAAACACAUUCGCUUGCACGCGGAAGGCGACACGCCAUACAGGUGUGAGUUUUGUGGUAAGGUCUUGGUGCGCCGGCGAGAUCUCGAGAGACACAUCAAGUCACGGCAUCCAUCUGAGGCCGACAAAUCCGAGGCAAGAGAGGUAGUCGACGAAGAGGAGCCAAUGCCGGCUCUUAAAGUCGAAGCUGACGGUGAUACAACAGAAGAAGAAACGAACUCUUGA